AAGUUUGGCCAUUUACCUCAGUCCAAACGCAGACACCAAAGCUACGUUACCACAGCGUCCUUGGAUCUCCUGACAACAUGAAGAUCGCCAACAUGCCCGCAUCUACGGACUUCACCGUGAAGCGUCCAGGCGAGAGCCGCAAGUCCUCCAAGCCGAUCAUGGAGAAGAGACGCCGGGCUAGAAUCAACGACAGCCUGAACCAGCUCAAGGCUCUCAUCCUUGCCGAUCUCAAAAAAGAUAGCUCUCACUCGAAGCUUGAGAAGGCCGACAUUCUGGAGAUGACCGUCAAACAUCUCCGCAGUCUCCAGAGGCAGCAGCUCACGGCCGCCGCCAACACGAACCCGUCCCUGCCCGGCCAGUACCGCGCCGGCUUCAACGAGUGUCUGAUGGAGGUGAACCGCUUCCUGGGCGCUUCUGACAGCGUGGACACCCAAGUCAGGCAGCGGCUGCUCAACCACUUGGCCGGGGCCUGCAGCCCCGCUCGUCCCGGGACGUACCCCACCGCCCAGCCCGCAGUGUUCCCGCACGCUCAGCCUGUCCAGGUCCAGGUUCCCGUCGCGCCCACCGGCGGCCAGCACGUACAACUGUCGCCCGUGCAAGCCCCGUGUCCUCAGGCCGGCCAGACGACGAUGUACGGCGGGAUCCCCGUGGUGCCCCGCCAGGUCUCAGGAGGGGAGCCGGUGACUGUUCUGCUGCCCAGCCAGGCGUUCCCAGGCGGCCAGGUACCCAGUCACGUCAUCCCCGUCUAUCCGCAAUCCUACGGACUUGUUGAAUCUCAUUCACCAAACGGACUUAAGAUCAAAACCGAGCCGACCUUCAACGGACUUACAAACACCACAAAGUACGGACUACCUGCACCCGCCACAGCAGAAAAGAUGUGGAGACCGUGGUGAGAAACUACAAUGUCUGAACAUUACACGUGUGUCUCUACUACAAUUUGUAGAGUCUACAAUGAUGGAACUCUUGAAAUUCCGUGUUAGGAGACUACCUAUGAGAGAAAUGUUGUACAUAUUCAAAGAUAUUUGUUUAUAUGAGAAUUUAUAUGCACUAUUUUUUAUACUCUGACUCCGACAAUAAAACAUCGAAAUCUAA